CCGGAUCUGGUGCCGGUAGAGAUGCAGCACUACAACAACAACUACUACUACUACUACAACUACAACUUGAGCUACGAGCCGCCAGACGAUCGGUCGCUGGGCGGCGGGGGGAAGCGGAGCGUGCGACGUCUGCAGCAACUGGUGCGAAGGACGCGGCACGAGCUGCAGCAAUGGCCGCUGCUGAUGCAGCUGCUCCUGUUCGUGCUUUGGCUGAAUGCCAAGUUCUGGCAGCUGGUCAACGAGCAGGUGACCUACCGCCGCAGGAGGUGGCACUGAGGGGCGAAGGACGAGCGGUCCGGGUGUUGCUUGGUAUGAGUUCGAUCUAGGCUUAAGUUGUGAAAAUUAUGCCCACACUCUUACAAUCUCAUCUCAAUAAAAAUAAUCAAAAUUCGCUGCGUAGUGGAAGCAGCGAACUUCAGCCAAAGCUUCUGUGUGAACUUAGCCUCCCGACAAACAGAGAAAACAGAGAAAAGCAGAGAAACCUGAGAAAAACAUCCUGAAAAACACCCAGAAAAACAACGAGUACGGUACGGCACAGCAGUAGCUUGUGCUACUCGUUACUUCAUCACGAACUCGAUUCAUCAUCGUGCGCUCCUCAUCGUUGUCGAUCUAUCGUCGUUCCUCUCUCGUCGUUUUACGCUCGUCUCUUUUACUUCUCUACAACUCUACUCGCUCGUUCAUCCCUCUUCGUUCUUUCUAGCUAUCGUUCCUAGUCGUUUUUGCAUGCCAUACAUUCUUCUUAGUAGUUUCUGUUUUAUAUCGCUAUGUAUUUCUUUGCACACAUCAUCAUCGACAUCGCAUUCCAUCAUCCAAUCCCAACCGAACCAAACUGAAACCAAAACCGAACCAAAACCAAACCAAAAACAAAACACAGUAGUCGACAACGCUAAUUCAAUCAUAUCAGUACCAGUAUCAGUCAUAAACAAGAAGAUGGGCACGCGCCUUGAUAAAUGUAACCCACCCAUCAUCAGUAGAGUCAACAAGAAGCCUUAGAAACGCCCUCGAAUCCCAUGCGAAACCAAGAGAUAUACCAACUUUUAUAAAAGGUUUCUCCUGCAAAGCUUGUCUUAGAAACUACCCCCUAAACGGAUAAUUGAUCGAAAUAGAUAAUACUUUGUUUAGAGAAAACUUUUUCACCAUUCAAAUGAAUGCGAUUAGGAUCAAGGGCUAACUCUUUAAGUAGAUUCGUAUUUUGAGUAGCGCUUUUUUAUUUGGUAGCCAGGCAAACGCUAACCAAACAGAAAUUCAAUUGUUUUACUUAAUUAAACAUAUGGAAUAUACGAAUAUAUGGAUAUUAUAAUUUUAUAUACAACAUACUUAUAGUUAUGUAUAUGCUAGGCAAACGAGCUAUUUAAAGGCAGACGCUGUAGUUACUCGAGGAUGAUAAUAUUAUAUUUAGUUUUAACAAAUAUGUUUACGAUCAACUAGCGGAACAUUAUUAUAUACGCAGACAACAUACACAAACACUGAAAAACCAUAUAAGAACAACUAACUAUUGAAGAAGACCCCAAAAACAUUUUUAUGGAUCAUAGUUGAGCCAGCUUAGUGAAAACUUUAGAGAGAUCCACAAAAGUCAGCUGAAACUUUAUAUGUUAUAUGCGUAACGCGGAAUGGACUUGACAAAACAAAACGAACAAGAGUAAACUAUAUUAUAUUAAUAACUAUUAUAUACAAUAUUUAACGGGCGAGCCCCAGUGGCGGUUCCAAAAAAAACAAGGCGCUGUUCAGCUGUUUGAAAAAAGUCAUAAGAAUAUCUAGCAAAGACGAUUUUAUGAGUUUACGUUAAUAAAAUACUAAGUUCCGCUUACCGCGAUGAUUUUCAUUAAUAAGUUAAACAUAUGUUUUCACCAUUAAGAUGAACAAGAAGAUGAAGAGAAAAAGACAACAAUCAAAACACUGAAACACAAUACAUUCAACCCUACACAUACUUCAAAUUAGUGAAACGACAAACUGAGGUUACAAAAAAAGAAUAUAUGAAACAGAAUCUUAAUGAAAACACUUCAAUUAUGUAGCGACUAAAAUGAACACAUUAAAUGAUAAUGUUAAGUUGAAGAACAAUGUAGCAAAUUGAUCAGUGAGCGUAAAAUUAAUUAUAAGUAAGUCGCGCAAAAGUCUACAGCAACUCCAAUUACAACAAGCAGAAAAGUAAACUUACAAAUAAGAAGCAGAUGCAGAUGAAAGCCAACUUAAGGCGCAAAUUCCGAGAAAACAAAUGGAUGAAAAGAGACGUUCCGAGGAGAGAAGUUCCGCAGAGAAUAAGAUGCAUCAGAACACAGUAGCUUACGAAAUAGGAGUAAGUCGUAAGGAAUUCAAGUCAAGGAGCCCAAGUUGCAACAACGAACCUUUUGGGCGACAGAACGAUGUGGAAAUGGAACACGAUUAGGAUUACAAACAGCACAAAGUAGCAAUCCGCUACGUCGAGAUCGAACAUCAGAGCAUCCGAGGGCUAAACAGAGUGUAUCCAACCCGAAAAAACACAGAAGCUGCAUCCCAAAAUUGAGCAGAAUAAACACACAAAACUAAAAUAAGGUAUUGGUGGUUACAAAACAAACAAAUAUAAAACGAUAUAUUAUAUACUCAUACGACGAAUUGGCAUAUAGCGAAGUAAAUGAAAUGAUUUAGUGAAGUAUAAUCAAAAGGCUUGAAGGCUGGCCAUGACUCAACAGCGUGGCCAGAUUUCACAGACAGUUGGAACGCCAUGGGAUGUGAAACAAUCAGUGUGGCCAGACCUCACUUGCAUGCUUCAUAUCCCCCAGGUGUCUACGUCUGCUUGGAAGUUCAAAUCAAAGCAAGAAGUUCAAGUUAAAUAAAUAUAUAAAUGUAUAGUCUUGUACGCAAGAGCAGCUCAGUUUUGUGCCCCAAACUCAGUUGAGACUGACGUUUUUUAGCCAGUUUCAGUUAGGUUCCACGCGGAAUCGUACAUGCGUUCAAGAGAGCACUAAGCACGCUGAGUAGCCGAGCACGGAGUCCCGGCAAAACGGGUGUGAGGGUGUCACCAAAAUUGAACAAGUGUCGCCGACCAGAUAAGGAUAAGUUCUUGAGAAGUUUCCUUCGAUUAGAUAACAUACGAUUUUCCGACAGUUUCGACUGGGUAUGGGGCAGAGACAGAGCUCGUUCGAAAGGUGUUCUCACACUUUGUCAGUAUUUAAUCGAAAAUCGUUAAAUAAUCGCAUUAGAAUUAGUCAGAAAAAUGCAAGUCAUAGAAAAAUUAAUGUUGAGGGUCAUUUGUGAAAGGAUAGACGGAAUGAUGGAAAUGUUCAGCAGAGGAUAAAUUUAGUAAUUUUUCCAGCAAGUUUAGGCAUUAUCAUAUGCACCUAUAUAAAUGUUAAACAUAAAUUUAACUAUUGAAAUCUUAAUAUAUAUAUAUAUAUGCAAGAGAAAUAUUACACCAACAGUUACUGGAAGUUAAAUGAAUCGACGCGAACUCAAUUACUGAAUCUAGCAGAUAAGUGAAGACAGUUGACAAUUGCACAGGGGCGGAAGUACAGUAUGUGCCAAAAGCUGCGAUAACCGCGUGCUGCCUUGAGCAGAGCAUUAGCGAUGUCAGGCCAAAGUCGAACUAGGUAAAUACAAAUACAAAGAACACGAUUGUUGAUUGUCGUGUAGGCGCUAAGUUGACGUUACAGUUCAUUGAAAGUGUUUAAAUUAUAUAUGGACAAACCAGUAUAUUAUCGAUUAAAGAUUAACUCAAUAUUUACGAUACGCCUUAUGGCCAAUAUUACUAUGUGUAUUUAUUAAAUGUGUGUACUAUUUACCAGUGAAAAAAAACAAAAUUAUUGUUACAAUUUAGGGUAUUAAGUGACGUUAUUACUAAGAUAUAUGGACAUAUAGAUUACGAUUCUAAAACUUAUAUGAUAUGAUUGAUUCUUAAACUUGUCGAAUUGCGAACUCAGACAAACAAAAUCACGGUGCCGAAUUACAACCAAGGCGAAACCAGAAACCAAAUCAAACCAAACAAAACAAUUAUAAUUUAGACAAAAAGAAAAAAAAGAAGAAAACAAAACCAAAGCUAAAACUAGUUAGUAAGAGAAUUUUAACGCAACCAUGCAAAAACAAACCACACGAAUAGGUGAGAGAAAGGAGUACACCGGAAGAAAACAAACACGAAACUCAAAUAGUAUGAUAUAACGAACAUGUAUUUAGCUGUUAAAAACAUCUACUAAAGAAACCACAGUAAGCAAGAGGCAAAAGAGCUAAAUUGACGUAAAACCAAAAUAAAAAACCAACCAUAAGUAUGAUUAUCAUUAAAGGAACUUCUCUAAAUAAAAGUAAACUUUGAAAAUCCUUAGCGGAGAACAA